UUAUGUUUAAUCAGGUUUAAAUGCCGCCAAAUUAAAUUGCAUACAUGUUGAAACCUGUCAGAAGUGCCUUUCAUCGACUUUUGAGCAGAGGUUUUCUUAAUUUUUCCAUUCUAGUUGAUUUAAAUUAACGUAACUCAGUUCGGAUUCCUUCGAGGAAUACUCAGUCUUAACAUUUCUGUUCACCUUUUCUUGUACCACUGUUCCGAAGGUUCAUUUAUUACUUGUGAACAACCAUUGCAGUUUUUUCUCGGGCCAGUGAGUAAUCGUUUGCCCUGCAAAAUGGAUGAAUUCGACCGAGUUGCAUACUACUCGGAGCGCUUGGAUGUCUGUAAAAACAUCAGAGAUUCCGAAGACAUGCCUCCAGAUGAAUGUAUGCAAAAGAUGGGGAGAAUGAUUGAUGAGAUGCAAAGUCUCUCGGAUAAUGCGGAAAAGCGUUAUACAUCCAGUGAAUUGUGUGCAGACUUCACUCUCGCAAAUGAAAUCGGAAAAAUUAUAAAGGACCGUUGUCUUGAUGCUGGGUGUGCUCAAUCAUUCAACCUGCAAGAAUUUGAGCAAAACAUCAUCAAUUACUUCAGAAAAGAUGAUGAAAGUGAUGAAAGUUUGGAUUUGGCACGAUUUGGUCAGUUGGGAAGGGCAAUGUUGAGACCUGUCCCAGGUCACUAUUCUCUAAUGGGACAUUUGUCCGUUGAGGCCAAUGAUCUUCCAAAAAUAACUCAAAGGAAACCCAGACAAGCGCGUCCAAAAGAUGCCAUAGCUGAGUUGAAAGCUCCCAUAAAGCUUGAGAAAGCUCCAGAUAAGGAAGAAGAAGGUAUCGACCGUAUUAUUCAACAAACCUCAAAGACUCUGAGAAAGGCAUACAUAAAAAAUGAUAGGAAUCCUAUUUCAUAUUUUAAUUUUGUACUACAUCCAACGGAAUUCUCUAAAACAGUGCAGAAUAUAUUCCGUGUCUCAUUUCUUAUCAGAGAUGGCCUUGCAAGAAUGGAAAAAGAUGAACACGGAAUCCUAACUAUCACACCAGAGAAGAAUGCUGAGGGUAUUGAAUCAGCACCAAAAAAACAGAUGAUAUCUUCCUUAAGUGUGAAAGAAUGGCGUGAGCUUGUAAGAGUUUAUGGGGUGACAGAACCCAUGAUGUGAAAAUACCUGGUUACCUGGAUGCCUUCUUGUUUGUACAUAGACUUGUUAUCUCAUGUGAGUAAGUCAUAGUUAAGUUUAUAUUAAGUAUAUAGUUUACUGUGAAGUGUGUAAGUCAUCCUUUAAAUGAGUUUCCUUGUCUUUAUCUUCAGAGGGAAAAAAGGUAAAUAAAAUCUGGAUAAUGAUACUUCUGAUAUACUCUUAGCUUUAAAAUGCGACAAAAUUUUGGAAAUCAAUUGAAGAAUUUGCGAAGAAACUCAAUUUUAGUGAAAUCUCUCUUCAUUGCUGCCUGUCCACUCCCAUGUGCACUUAGAGAUUGCACCAAAGCAGAGACAAACUUGGACUAUAAAAGUAGGCAGGAUACCUAACUCAGUGCUUGAAUAGGCCUAUUUCAGUCGUUUUCCGACAGUUGAAGGAGACAACCCAGUCCAAAAUUACCGUAAUUAUCAACCAGCUUAUCGGUAUUUUUCCGUGUGUCCCCGCCCGCCUGACCACUUCUUUUUUGUACCUUCUCUUCACCCAAUUUCGUUCUUUACAGCGAAGAUAGUGAAAGCAAUUUAGAUUUGAUUUAUGUUGAUCUUUCGAUUCUCAGUUUCAAUUUGGUGUGUUGGUUGGUCAAUUUUCAGUUGGUUAGUGUGAAAUUUCAAGGUAAAACAUCUAAUUGAAGCAUGAAUACAAAGAUCAAAUUAAAUUCAACUUUUUUUGCCUCCAGCUCUCUUUGCUUUCAAGGGCAAAUGGGAAACUUCGGGGCAAUCCCGUAAGGCUCUUGGUUAGUAGAUACACAGCUAUAGCACAUGACAUCAACAAGUUUGAGUUUUCUUAUCAAUCCUGUGGUGGAUUCUGAAAAUCUUGAGCUCGUUUUUAAAGUUAGAGUAUUUUUCUCUCAACUUUAAAAGGAAGAAUGUAUCUCUUAUCUUUUUUCAGUCUUGAUGUAUUUUAUCAUGUUCGAAAGAUAAUACAAAAGGAAUUUUAUUUUUUGGAUGAACCUCUUAUGCACAUCACUCAACAUUUGAAUAUUACCCAUCUCUAUAAUCCCAUAUUGCAGAAACCAAGGAACGAUGAAAUUUUCUCGUUUCUUUGAACAACGGAAGAACGGAAUAAGGAGUCAAAUUGUUUGUAUGAAAGAAAAAGGCUAGUUUCAUCUUAUCACUUUUCACCAUCUCAUCACUAUCUUUAACCACCAGAAGUACAAAAUGCAUGUAUCUUAUUUUCUUUACUUUUUUAGUGGUUUCAGCAUUGUUGUCUGUGGUAAAAAGAGGUGUGUGAGCAUUGUGGCAGGGAAUUGGAUUUUUUUAAUUAAUAAAAUCAAUGUGUAGGUCUAAAAAGUUGAGUGAUAGCAGUUCAAAAAGUUUCAUAUUGCCAUGCUCUUACAUCUCAUGAGUUGAUGCCAAAAUACCUACUACUAGGUGAUUGAUUAAUUAAAAUAUGAAAGAAAGAAAAUGCCUCUUUAUGUUGCAUCUUUCAUAUUGAUGAAGAACUACAGCUACAAUCACCUUUUGAUUGCCAAACAACCCUUUUAACAGUAUCUUUGUUUCUGCGAAGUGGGGAAGAGAAAUAUUAGAAUGUCAAUUUGCCCACCUUUUUAAGUUUUGUAUAUUUUUUCACUCAGGUUAAUCGAUAAGAGAAAAAAGGCUAACCUUCUCCAUGACUGACAAAUUGCACAAAACCAGUGUCAUAGCAAUUUCAUUUCUGUUUAAUUUUCUUCAUGCAAUCCAACUCUCUUUAUUUUUAUGCCGAACAAGGCAGCAACUUGAAAAUAUUUCUCUCACUUUUAUGAUUUAUCAAACUCAUCACACAUGUGCUAGAAAUAGUUAUUUCAUAUUUGAUGCGUACAUUUUUGGGGAGAAGGUUUGAAGGUUUUUGUUUUCUUCCCCUUAAGUUUUUUGUGUUGAUUGGUAUCCAAUAUUUUUCGCACUAAUAAUAAUAUUUGCCAUGUUUAUACACAUGUCUGACCCAUGCAUAGCAUUCAUUUUCAUUAUUCCGCCAAUUCUAAUUUUUUAAAGGUUCUGACACAUCCUUCUCAUGGCGGAUUAUUUGGUAAAAUUGAACAUUUCGAUGUAAUAUUACUUAAAUUAAGCAACUUUUCCUUUCUUCACUCCAGCAGCAACUUUUCUCAAAAACAUCAAAACAUUAUACUUUCCACAAAAUAUUCAGGGAAAUUACCUCAUAAAAUUGAACAAUUUUAAAGGAAUACAUUUAAAGAUGAUUACUUUAGGAUUGACAAAGAAAAACAAUAGCAGUUGCACCAUCUCAGCAUUUGCAAUUACAUUCCUGCCUUUGUUUUUGAAUUCUCUCUCAUGCAUUAUUUCAGCAGUCGCUGCCUUAAUUCUUGACUCUUUGCUUAGGCAAAAAUUAGUAUCUAAUUAGAAACCGUAAAAUUAUCCUUCAAUUCACGUAUAAUAGGAAAUUGUGCCUUUUAAGAGCAAGAGAUUAGAAAAAAAAAAAUAGAAAAUUGUGCCUUCUGAGAGCAGGAGAUAAGAAGAUGAAGAAAAUAAUCGUAUUUUAGGCGCAUGCUGACUCUACUUUGUCAGCUGUGGUGGGUGCCUCAGGUGCUAACAAUUGUGUUUUUUGAAUGCAAAAUGAGAGGACUAAGAGCGUAAUUUGUUAAAACUUGAAACCAAAAGCAUUGUCUUAAUGAAGUAUACUGAAAAGCAUUGUCUCAAGGAAGUAUACUGAUGAGCAAAACCCCAGUUGAAAGCAUGCAAGGAACUCAUUCCUCAGGCAUCAUUAAAGGGCAAAAGCAACCUACAUGAACAUAGUCUACUUCGAACCCCUCUUAGGUUCCAAGCCAAAAUCCAACCGUUUGUAUUUUUAUUGUACAAGUUUACAACUUAACUUUCCAGUAUCUGUCCAUAUUUUUUUAAUUUCUGAUGUUAGUAAGGUUUGAUCUUCAUUGAGAUUUUUGUGAAUCCUUCAACGUUUUAUGUAUGAGCGAAAUUCCAUCUGUCAAAGUACAAAGUUUUUGAUCUUUAAAA